AUAUCAAUGUUGGUCGCUGAUACACUCAUACACACAACACACUUGCUUUUUGGACUGCCACACUGCUUCUUUCCCUUCUUCCCUUCCUUCCUUAAUUCAUGAAUUCCAACUUCUUUUCUCUCUCCAUUUUCACACCCAUUCUCCCUCUCUUAUUCUUCUCCUUCUUUAUCUAACCAUUGGCUAAUCUCACACCCAUAAAGUGGGCUCCCCUUCAUAUUAUUUUUUCUGUUUUUUUUUUUUUUUUGCUUAAAAAGUGUAACUCACACCAUUUCCACCUUCCCUUACAAAGUUCUUGUCUGUCUUCUUUUCCCUACAAAUUAUUUUUAGUACCCUUCUUUUUCCUUCUUUUACAAGUUAAUUCUGAACUAAGAUGGCAGGUGGCGGUGGAGGAGGACCAGGGCCACAGCCAAAGCAAGAUGAGCUGCAGCCACACCCAGUAAAAGAUCAGUUACCUGGAGUUUCAUAUUGUAUUACUAGUCCACCACCUUGGCCUGAGGCUAUUUUACUUGGAUUUCAGCAUUACUUGGUGAUGUUAGGGACAACAGUGCUCAUUCCUACCUAUUUGGUUCCUCAGAUGGGAGGAGGAAAAGAAGAGAAAGCUAGAAUGAUUCAAACCUUGCUAUUUGUUGCUGGUGUGAACACAUUGUUCCAGACCCUGUUUGGUACUCGCUUGCCGGCUGUUAUUGGGGCUUCUUAUACUUAUGUUCCCACCACAAUUUCUAUUGUUUUGGCUGGUCGUUACAGUGGCAUUGCUGAUCCUCAGGAGAAAUUUAAUAAGACAAUUCGGGGAAUCCAAGGAUCACUUAUUGUUGCUUCAAUCCUACAAAUUGUUCUUGGAUUUAGUGGUUUGUGGCGUAAUGUGGCAAGGUUCUUAAGUCCAUUGGCUGCUGUUCCUUUGGUAGCUCUCACUGGAUUUGGGUUGUAUGAAUUGGGUUUUCCUGGGGUUGCUAAAUGUGUUGAGAUAGGGCUGCCGCAUAUUGUACUCCUACUCAUCUUUUCACAGUACUUACCUCAUCUGAUGCGCGGUGAAAGACAUAUAUUUGAUCGCUUUGCUGUUCUGUUUUCUGUGGCCAUUGUGUGGAUUUAUGCUCACAUACUCACAGUUGGAGGUGCCUAUAGGCACAGGUCACAAACAACUCAAUUGAGUUGCAGAACUGAUCGUGCUGGAAUUAUUAGUGGUGCUUCCUGGAUAAGUGUUCCAUAUCCAUUUCAAUGGGGAGCUCCAACAUUUGACGCAGGGGAAGCCUUUGCUAUGAUGAUGGCUUCGUUUGUUGCCCUUGUGGAGUCUACUGGUACCUUCAUCGCAGUAUCAAGAUAUGCAAGUGCAACACCUGUGCCACCAUCUGUUCUUAGCCGUGGAAUUGGUUGGCAGGGAGUGGGUAUUCUUUUGUGUGGACUAUUCGGAACUGGGAAUUCUGCAUCAGCAUCUGUGGAGAAUGCCGGUUUGCUGGCUCUGACACGUGUUGGCAGUCGAAGGGUGGUACAGAUUGCAGCAGGAUUCAUGAUCUUUUUUUCAAUACUAGGUAAAUUCGGAGCUGUAUUUGCCUCAAUUCCAGCACCUAUGGUGGCAGCUUUGUAUUGCCUGUUCUUUGCAUAUGUUGGCUCAGCGGGUCUUGGCUUCCUACAAUUCUGCAACUUAAACAGCUUCAGAACAAAAUUCAUUCUAGGUUUCUCAGUUUUCAUGGGCUUGUCUAUACCACAAUACUUCAACGAGUACACAGCAGUGAAGGGAUAUGGUCCGGUACACACACAUGCAAGAUGGUUCAAUGACAUGGUAAAUGUGCCUUUCUCAUCGGAACCCUUUGUUGCUGGUGUGUUGGCAUACUUUUUGGAUGUCACAUUGCGCAAAAAAGACAGUGGGACAAGAAAAGACCGAGGGUCACAUUGGUGGGACAGAUUCCGAUCAUUCAAGGGAGACACCAGAAGUGAAGAGUUCUACUCCUUGCCCUUCAACCUAAACAAGUUCUUCCCAUCCGUGUGAAUUUUCUGGAAAGUAGAUCAGAUGUCAAAAGUAGAAACUGUGAAAAGAUGACAUGCUCUGGCCUAUUUUUUCCCCUCAUUCUGAUGUUCAGUGUUUAUACUUUUGAUGCCGCAGACCUCUAGCUUUAGCUGUGUAGAUGAGAAGAUUCGAAAGAACGUAAAGGGAAAAUUUAUAUAUAGCUUUUUUGCCCGAAUAGUUGUAUCCCUGGUCCAGGUUGUUUAAAAGAAUUCCAACUAUGGAGUGCCUUGGCUUGGCUUCAUGCUGUUCAUAUGCUUAUAUCCUGCUCUGUAUAGAUCUUAACAUGGUUUUACUAGUUUUGUGA